AUGAAAAGGCUAGAUAAAGAACCAAUUUCUGUAAUUGGGUUUUGGUGGGGUUAUUAUGUUAAAUAAUAUAUAUUUAUAAUAUUUAGACCGUGAGAUUGAUUAAAGCACAUGAUCUCUCUCUAUAUAUAUGGGUGUUUUGGAAGUGGGUUUGGUUUUUGAUGAUAAUGAAAAUAAAUUUUGAGUCUUUUAUGUUGGUAUUUUUGUUUGGUUAAUGUUGACGGUGCUUCAAGUUAUAUUAUUGCAGGCCUUGAUGGUUGUGUGAUAAUGUUUUUGAUGCUAUUACGGAUUAGAUUUUGCUUUGUGUUGUUUGUGUGUGGUAAGAGUUUAUAAGAGGAAGUAUUGCCAAAUUUAUGUUGCAAGAAAGGGUUCUUAUGUGGUACUGGUAUACCAAAAAUAACCAUGAAGUAGUAAUUUGAACGUGUUAGGAACUCCCAUUUGUCAAGUCAUUGGUUCUUUAACAUUUCUUCAUUGGCACACUCGGAUUCCAUAGCAUUUGUUCUUCUAUGGGGUUAGCGGUUUUUUAGUUAGAUCAAGUUCUAGUGAUGGGUUGGGUUGUUCUUUAUGUGUUUGUUGUGAAAUGGAAUAUUACCUCGGUUACUUGUUAGUGUAUAUAGUUAUGUAUGGACGGUUUGAUGUGUCCUUGUACUUGCCAGGUAAUUUUUCCUCGAGUACUGUGGGCGUUCUAUAUUAUAUUGUUUAUUACUAGUGGGGAGGUGGCUCCUACUUUAAUGUUUUUCAUUUGUACACACAUCCGAGUCUCUUGGAUGGGCAAAUUCAGGCCAUAGCUGACUGCUCUGCCCCUAGUGUUGAGGUUUGUCAAAAUGAUGAGAAAUUUUGGAGUGGGAGUAGCAUUUCUAAGAACAAAGCAAUGGUGGAGCAGCUGCAGCGUUAUGGAGUGAUUUCGUCCCAAAAAGUAGCUGAAGUGAUGGAGGCAGUGGACAGGGCUUUGUUUGUACCAGAUGGGAACCCACCUUACUUUGACACUCCCAUGGCCAUAGGUUAUAAUGCAACCAUUUCUGCUCCGCAUAUGCAUGCAACAUGCCUUCAGUUGUUGGAGGAGAACUUGCAGCCUGGAAUGCACGCUUUAGAUGUUGGCUCUGGAACGGGGUACCUAACAGCUUGUUUUGCACUGAUGGUCGGGCCACAAGGUCUUGCAAUGGGUGUAGAACACAUUCCUGAGUUAGUUACCUCCUCAAUCCAGAAUAUUGAAAAAAGUGCUGCUGCACCGUUGUUGAAAGAAGGUUCUCUCUCACUGCAUCUUGGUGAUGGAAGACUUGGUUGGCCAGAAUUUGCACCCUAUGAUGCUAUUCAUGUCGGGGCAGCUGCGCCAGAAAUCCCCCAACCACUUAUCGAUCAGUUGAAGCCAGGAGGCAGAAUGGUCAUUCCGGUGGGGAAUAUAUUCCAGGAUCUUAAGGUAGUGGACAAAAAAAUGGAUGGUUCUGUCACUAUCAGGACUGAAACUUCAGUUCGCUAUGUACCACUCACUAGUAGAGAAGCUCAGUUACAAGGCUACUGAAUCUGAAACAGUUUCCCACCAGAAGUUUAAUCUUGCUUUGUUUCAGUGGAUUUUCUUUCUUUAGCUUCUAUUUCGAGUAGUAUUGGAGCUCGUCUUUUAUACUGCUUGGCCAGGAGUAUUGUAUAGAUGUGUAAAUUUCCUUAAAAGAAAGAAAGACAGAAAUCCUCUCUCUAUUCAGGGUAAUAAUAAUUGAACUUAUCAUCUGUAUGUAAAUUCUUUCCCCCCACCCCAAGGAUGUUUUUACCAUUUAUAAAGAUUUAAGAUUUCUGCCUAA